GCCGACCGAAUCGGACGCGAAUAGCACUUUCCUCUUCCUUUGAAGGGGAACGGAAGAUUUUGAGAGGAAAAUACCAUUAGCUGGAAGGAAAUUUUCUUUAGAUGUUCGUUCUGUUCCGUCUGUGAGUGGAGAUUGAUGUGUCGUUCUUAUAUUUCCACCCUCGCACCCCGAUGAGCUGUAAUGGGUGAUGAAGUGAAAGAGAAUUUCCUUAUUAAUAAUAUCUUUGUCCGAAUUUUUGGGGCCGGUGAUGAUGAAGUGUCCGGGCACACGAGCUCCCGCUGUUUGAGUAACGGAUGGAAACAUUUGUAUGAAAAAUAAGCGAUGCGUGUGGAAAAACGACUUAAAGUGGUGCGAACGGAAGAUGAAAAAGUACCAGCCUAAUGGGGCAAAGGUGUGAAAAAUCGGAAAACAAACUUUGUUUUUCUGUUGGAUGAGCCCAGGUGCUGAAAAACGAGUUCAGUAAACAAGAUUUGUUUUGACUAGCGCUUGUCCGUCUGCUGAUGAGGCGAAUCACGGUUGCAUGAGAAAAGCGAAUUUGUUUGCCGUCGCGAUUGAUGGAAAGCGGAAGGAACGCCAAGAUUGCCACGCGUGUCAGAUGACAAAUUAAUGGGACCCGUUUAUUCAAUUCUGCCUAAGACCACCCACAGUGACGGUUGAGAUUAUUUACAGCAGAAGUUAGUGACAGUGAGUUGGUGAUCUAAGUGUGCCAUGAGGCGCUCGCUAAAAUUGUUUUAGAGCGUGUGAAUAAAUUAUUCUGACAAGUUUAUGUGACCAUGUGUUGAAAAGUUUUCUAUUGGAUUGUGGAAGACCGUAUGAGUUAACGUUGAUUAAAAUGGAGUGGAAUAGUACUAUCACGGCGAAUGGGAGUGAAAUUUCGGUCGUGGAAAAUGUCACGCCAGCUGUAGCUUUGGCGACGUCGGAUGAAAUGGCGCCCGUUUUGUCUCCGCCGACUGCCGAUCUCACGGGAUUGAUAGCUCUGAUACGACAGACGGCAACUUCGUCCGCCUCCAGCAACCUGUCGUAUUUGUUAAAUAGCUUUAACAAAUCAUUGGCACCGCCAGAGUUUAAUCUCUUUCCGUUGUACCCAUACAUCUUUCACUACAAUGAUUCGGCCUUGGAUUCGUGUCCCUCGAUACAGAUGCCGAUUGGGAAUCUCAUAUCGAUGAUUCUGUACGCAGUGGUCGCCAUUAUAGGAUUAUUUGGCAAUACCCUCGUCAUCUAUGUGGUCCUGCGAUUUUCGAAGAUGCAAACAGUCACCAAUAUGUACAUCUUGAACCUAGCCAUAGCUGAUCAAUGUUUCCUGAUUGGCAUUCCAUUUCUCAUUACAACAAUGCACCUGGGCGAAUGGACCUUUGGCAAUGGAAUGUGCAAAGCUUAUAUGGUGUCCACUUCCAUCACCCAGUUCACUUCCUCGAUUUUCCUGUUUAUCAUGUCGGCUGACAGAUACAUUGCGGUGUGCCAUCCAAUCUCAUCGCCACGCUUCCGGACUCCUCUGGUCUCCAAGAUUGUAUCAUUCUUCGCUUGGACCGCAUCGGCUCUGAUCAUGCUUCCAGUGAUGCUGUACGCCAACACAAUUCAACGUGAGAAAGACAAACUAUCCUGCAACAUUGUAUGGCCAUCGGAAAACGCCGGCAAUUCCGGAACUACCUUCACCCUUUACUCACUUAUUUUGGGAUUCGCCAUACCCCUGUCGCUAAUAUUGAUGUUCUAUUACUUGGUUAUCCGCAAACUUCGCACAGUGGGCCCAAAAAGUAAAUCCAAAGAGAAGAAACGUUCCCAUCGCAAAGUCACAAAAUUAGUGCUUACUGUCAUCACCGUGUACGUCCUCUGUUGGCUACCCUACUGGAUUUCCCAAGUAGCCCUCAUAAAUUCACCGCCGGAUAUCUGCAAAUCACGGCUUGAAAUCACAGUCUUCGUUCUGGUCAGUUGUCUCGGCUAUUCGAACUCGGCCAUGAACCCCAUCCUCUACGCCUUCCUGUCCGACAAUUUCAAGAAAAGCUUCCUCAAAGCCUGCACCUGUGCCAAGGGCAAGGACAUCAAUGCUCAGUUACAAAUCGAAAACAGCUUCCUGCCCCGGUUCGGUCGCAAUCGUGGCUCGGAACGAGGAAACUCCACCAAAAUCCUCAACCCAGGACGACAGAAGGUGGCAGACCAAAACAACCAUCCAAAUGACGCCGCCGCCAUCGGAACUGCCAACAGUAACAACAACAACAAUAACAACGCCAUCAAUGGCUGCUCCCCUAAUCCCGGGGGCGUUGGACGUUCCAUCAGUAAUGGCAACACCAACAACAACACCAGCACCACGACCACCAUGUUGACAACGACGACUACCGGAAGCGUUCCCAUCGCAUGCAAAAUCCUCGACUCCAGACCCCCGGUGCUGCAUACCGAUUUAUAAAACAGAAAACACCCAUCGACGGGGAACAAUUAAACUUCGCGCAAUUUCCGAGCUUAGCCGAGGGUCAUACGGAAUGCAAAUAAAAGUAGGACGUCGGACUCGCCGUGGGAAGGAAGAAAAUUCCAGCGCUUUUAAAAGGACCAUCGAAAUUCGAAUCCCCAUGGGAGAAAGAAAAAACGGAGGCAACAAAAAUUAAAACCGGAUAUCUGUUGUUUCACUUCAACUUCCAGUCAUCCCAAAACAAAUAAAUCCUGAUUACGUAGAAAUUGCACGAGCUGCGGAGAAAAAACUCAACGAAAUCUCCGAGAUAAUAAUGAUAACGAACACACAGCACAGCCUGGGGGUUGUGGCUGCGAGAGACCAUUGAGCCAAACGGACGACGGACGCCAGAAUCGGAAUCCAAUCAUUGAUAUCCAUCAAAAGAAAAAGGGUUGCUCCGAAAAUCGAGCCCAUUCAUGAGGCAUCCUUUUUCUUUUGCACAAUGAUUACAAGCCAGUAAUUGGGAAAUCGUGUAUAUAAAAUGUCCUCCAAAAAUGCUGGAAACAAUUCGUGUGGGAGGACGAAAAAAAAUCCGAGGUGGGAGGCAGUGCACAAAUGAAGAAGAAAAAAAAACUUUACCGUAGCCUUAAGCCUGUGAAUAAUUACAUCUUUAAGCUCAGAAUUUAUUAGCACUUGCAGUGAUAUGUAGAGUUUGCCUAGAA